AAUGCAACAGCAAAAUCACAAGAUAUUUCAAUGCAAUUACCAAACAGUAUCCUUCAGAAGGGAAGACACAGACUUCAUGACAACAUAUGGUGCAAGAAGGAGAACGUGACGGUCAAUCGACGUCCUUCUCCGAGCCUUAAAGGAGAUCCAGAAAGAAGGUCGCUGCUUGCCCGUUAGUUCAGAGGAGGAAAUUUUGCAACGGGUUCGUAGUCAUCGAUAGAAUCGAAGAUGGUUAUGGAAGAGGAAGAUGAGGAGAGCCACGAGGUCUUUCGAUUUUACUCAGCUCAUGCUGAUGUAGGGAAGAGCGGAAUUUGGGAUCCUCAGAAACACAAGUAUUACUACUGUGACAUUACUCAGGGGACAUUCCAUGUGCUCGAUCUAAUUGACAUGUCUAGAGAGGAUCACACAGUAGGGCUUCAGAUCGGCGCGAUGGCACUUAUCGAAGGAGGCUCGGGGCUUGUGAUGGCUGUGAGGGACGGAUUUGGAAUAUGGGAUUUUGAUAAGAAGACGUUCCAGUUGACUGCAACUCCUUUCGGAAUCAACAGUGGUUGGAGAAUGAACGAUGGGAACGUCGACUCUAGAGGCAGAUUUUGGGCUGGUCGUCUCUUCGACACAGAUGAAACGCAGCCUGGGAUGAUUUAUCGACUGGAGCUGGAUGGCAAGACAGCCACUCCCAUCAUCGAUGGCAUCUGCUGUACCAACGGACUUCUGUGGAGUCCGGACAAUAAACGCAUGUACUGUGGAGAUAGCACUCACAAAAAGAUUUACGUAUGGGAUUAUGAAGAGGAAUCAGGCACCCCGAGUAACCAAAGACUGUUCUUCGACACUGCUGGCUACUUUAGCGGGGUCCCCGACGGGGCGAACAUCGAUAGCCAGGGGUACCUGUGGGUGUGUUUCUUCGACGGAAGCAAGCUGGUCAGAAUUUCACCCGAAGCGAAGGUGGACAGAAUCUACAAUAUGCCCGUGAAGCGUCCCACGCAGCCCAUCUGGUUUGGAGAAAAGCUGGACCAGCUGCUCAUUACCAGUGCCAGCAAAGGCGUCAACACCCGCAUAUGGCCCGAGAGUGGAAAUGUUCUCAAGCUGCAUGCUGGAGUUCGUGGACAGUUGAAGAACAAGUUCAAGCUUUUGUCGUCACCGCCUAAUCCAGGACACCAAUUUGCGAUCGAUCUCCACAUCAAGGGGACUAUUGCGGCACUCAGAAGCUUCUUAUAGAUUGAUUAUCGAUUCAAAAGUAGCUCAUGUCGCCGUAGGAGCCCCAGAGUGAAUGUAUACGGGAGCUACUUCUGACAAGGAAGCAUGUGCUGAAUGAACUUUGAGCCUCGGAAAGCGGGACGUUGGUAACUCUCAUCAGUACUAGUGCAUAAUCGUUGACAGAAUCCUCUGAGUGCUUCCUUUCUGACUGAGGAGAUGGCUAUUCAGCAAUCGCACACGAAAUUAUGGAGCUGGAGCCAUCCAUGGGCAGGUUAUUGAGAGACGAAGGUGACGCAUACUAGCAGCUGGGAUCUAAUGAUCAUCUCUGUUUGCUCUUGAAGACAUUUGAAUACAGGUGAUCAGUAGUUUCUUUCUAGAGUAGAAUUUGGCCCGCUUUGCACUGAGGCGCAUUUACAAAAUUCCCCAUCGUGCAUCCUGGAUGUAAGAAACUCAGUCAAGUAUUAAGCUCUACUAAUGUUUAUACACACCUAAACAAAUGUAUGCAUC